CGGCGCCGCCAUCGCGGGCAGAUGCAGGCGAUCAAGUGUGUGGUGGUGGGCGACGGGUGCCGGUAUUUUGCUAUUUUUCAUUGUACCUGGUUGAUUACUGACAGAGUCCUCCCGAAAAUCUUGAUGUUCACAGGUUUCGUAUGUCCUUUUGUUGAUUGUUCUGAGGUGAAAUGCGUUCCUCUUUCUGAUUUCGCCAUGUGCUCCUUGUCACCCUUUUUGCUUUUUUCUCUAGGCUCUUCCUAAAUGCCUUUUUUAGGGAACACAUCUGCCUGCAAGAUGCAGGCAUGCACUAGAUUUAUUCUGCUUUGUAACUUUCCUAGCUCAUCCUGCAUAUUUUUCCUCACAAUUCCGGUUUACUUUUCUGAUCACCUCAGCAAGAACAGAGCUGAGGUACUCAGACCUAAAUGUGAACUGGUCUUAGGCAGGGUAUUAGCCUUCCUCUUUCUCAUGCAUGCCACCUCCUCAAAUACACAUUUGCAGUGAAGCCUUCCAGGUUCCAGCCUGUGAGGACUAAAGGGAGUAGGAGAAAGCACAGCUUUUUUGCAGAGGGGAGAGGAAUGACUGGGAGCUCAGGAUGUUGAAAAUGGGAGUUCAGCUGAAGGUUUACUGUCGUGUGUUUUGCCUUAAGACCAACAGUGCAUACUAAAAGAAAUUGGAAACACAUAGGUACACAGUUUUUUGUGAAUUACAAGCUUGUUUGGUGGGAAAGAGAAAUAACAGUUCAGGAGGAAAGUUGGACUGAUCAAUGUAGUGGUUCAUGACAAAGCUUCUCUCUUGUCAGACUGAGGGGACCUAAUCCAGAGGAAAAGUUGUAAUAGUGGUUCAUUCUCUCUGUGCUUUCUGUAAUCCUGGCGUGUGCAGGGGCCAGUCAACUCUUCUGACAUCCUCUCUUAAGUCAGUCUGGCUGCAGAAUUGGGUAGGGGAUACCAAUUUGUGCUAGCUAUUCAGCUUCACCCAGGCACCUCACAGUCCGCUUUCACUGGCACUCACAAUCUUUUUCUGGAAGGUUGCCUGCAGUUCACAACUUUCUCCAUGAUAAAGAGGUUGCUCACACUGCUGGUACUCCUCCGUUCUUACUGUGAAGCUCUCUGUUAGGAAGUCUGCAGGGCUGGUUGAAGUCCAUGUGCUUAUGCUCUUGUCAACCAGGCCUGGCCUGGCCCUUACCAGCUGCCACUGCUGGGCUGACCAAUCCCACCAACCUUCAGCAAAGCCCUAAGCUGGUAUUUUUAUCCAUCUUCACUAAUCUUUUUCCAAACUGACAGCGGUCAGUUUUAAAGUCCAGUUUUGUUUAUGGAUUCUUAUUUUUUCUCCUUUGUAUUUAUUGAUACUGAACUCCUGUAUCUGAGGAGCUUGCAGAAUUGUGCAUUGUUGCAUGUUUUUUAACCUCAGUUUAUCCAUUUUGCUAAAAUUACUAUGCAUCUGUUGAGCCCAGAACACAACCCUAAUUUAUUCCCUCUCUUGGUUUGUGGAACAACUAUGUUUUAACUGAUGUCUUGCUGAGGGCUGAAUGGGUAGGGAAAAGGAGUGGCAGAGAGGAGGGUUAGGAAGCACUCAGGCAAGGUGCACCUUUUGAAUGAGUUCAGGCCAUGAUUGUGACAACUAGGGAAUUCCAGCCUGGAACAGGUUUGUUUUCUCACAUGGUAAUUUUUUACCCUACCAUGUGUUUUUGGUGGGGGAAGGGUGAGUUUUACUGCCUUAGUGCUCCAUGCUGUACCCUUCCUUAUGCUUGUCACUCUUACCCUCUGCAGAGCUGUAGGGAAGACCUGCUUGCUGAUCAGUUACACCACAAAUGCCUUUCCUGGAGAAUACAUUCCCACCGUGUUUGAUAAUUAUUCUGCCAAUGUGAUGGUAGAUGGAAAGCCAGUGAACCUGGGCCUCUGGGAUACAGCAGGGCAAGAAGACUAUGACCGACUGCGGCCUCUUUCCUACCCACAGACGGAUGUUUUCUUGAUCUGCUUCUCCCUUGUGAGUCCAGCCUCCUUUGAGAAUGUCAGAGCUAAGUGGUACCCUGAGGUCCGACACCAUUGCCCAAAUACACCUAUUAUCCUGGUGGGCACCAAGCUGGACUUGAGGGAUGAUAAGGACACCAUUGAAAGGUUACGUGAUAAGAAACUGGCCCCCAUCACCUACCCCCAAGGCUUGGCCAUGGCUCGGGAAAUCGGGUCGGUAAAGUACCUUGAAUGCUCUGCCCUGACACAGCGGGGCUUGAAGACGGUGUUUGAUGAAGCCAUCCGGGCUGUGCUCUGCCCACCGCCUGUGAAGAAGCCUGGCAAAAAGUGUACCAUGUUUUGAGGGCUGUGGCCUAGGUGUUGGCUCAGCAUGCUGUCAUCCUCUGACAGAUUGCGUAUUAAGCUGGGUGUUUCUGAAGGGGGCUGGGAUGUGUAGGGCCCUUCAUCAUGUACGAAGUCAGUGUUUUUUAAAUGUCUCUUUGAUUUAACGUCAGUGUUGAUGUGAAGGGGCAGUGGGGACAGGAGACCAGCUGGGGACUAUACAGCCUCCAGGGGAGGUACAGUGGGGAAGGCAAGGUAGCUCCUUCGGGCAACAAGCUGUUUCAGCUCUCCUGAACUCCAAGUGGAAAGGGCUGAGACAUCCAUCCUGUUCUGGAAACACCUGUUUUCAACCUGCAGGUGAAACAGGUGGUGAACAUCCUGGUGGGAGUGGGGUGGGAGCUGAUUUCAAUGGUGCUGAAAGACAAGAAUAGCUGGGAGGGUGGUAGAGUCUCCUUAUCCAGCCUGCUGUGGCUAACAGUUAAACUGGUGCUCUAGCAGAAUGUUCCUGAGACUGUUAAAGAAAUCAUAACCAGCCCUGGAAGGGGUCAAAGUAAAUGAGAAGCUAAAAAAUGAAUCAUUAGGUGCUUUACUGGGUACUAGCCAAACUCUGUGAGUGAAACAGCUCUGUGCAAUCAAUGCAUUUGCCUUUUUGUGUGUGCACACCCUACGUGGUGCUGCUCCCCCCCAUUAGUCUUUACCAGGGCCUCCCCCCAAAAUCCAGUCUCUGCAGAGCAGGGCUGGGGUUAUUGCCUCUAUUUUUUUUUUUUCUACUAAAGACAACAAAGGAAGCAGUGAGGAGUCUGCUGACUUCUUUCCCUUCCCACUGAAAAUGCAGACAGACUCUGGAUUUGAAUGGAACAGGGAGAGCUUCUGAAGGGUUGUGGGGGGGGAACAGGGUUGGAAGAAAGGUCCAAUUUCUAAUCAUCAUGUAGAGUGACAAGAUAAAACCUUAUUUGGUGCAAUAAACAUUCUCCAU